GCCACAAGCAGGCGGAGCUAAGGAUGCUGGGAUGGAGGGAUGCUGAACAGCAGGUGCGGAUGUUUACUGGAUGCACUUUGCUGAGGGGAGACCGGGAAGCAGAGCAGUCUUAUUUCUUCCACCGUGUAAACCUUAAACCUGUUAGUCUGGAGAGGGUUUUAGUGUUUUAGAGGUGACCGAUCCCAGAUCAGUUUGACCGACAGGCUGCGAAAUCCUCCGUCUGUGUCUGUCGUGAUGCUGAGGUUGUGACGAUGUGAUGCUCCACGGCCUGAGCCUUUUCUUUUGAAACCUGAUAUUAUGCAGGAAACAACGGGAGCUGCACGGAUUAAAGGGGAACAAAGCACCGGUUCUGAAAACGUUUUGCGAACUGGCAGUAUCAGCCAACUAUGGUCGACCCCUCGGAGGCUGAGGAGCAGACGAAGUGUAAAGGCCCACAGCUGGACGCACCAGUGGUGGCAGCUGAAGACCCUCGUCUGCCAGAUCAAACCGAUGGCACGACAACAGAGGACGACGGGGAUGCCGGUUUUGAGACGCCGCCCACCGGCAGUUCUGAGCCCAGCCCUUGUCAUGCAGCGACUCCGGCAGCUCCAGACCCUGCUUCUCAGGAGGUCCCACCACAGCAACCACAGACUCAGACUGACACAGAUGCACCCCCCAAACUGUACCUGGACCUCUACAACUUUGACUCCCCUGCUGCAGAGGGAAGCCGCUAUGUGUUAACAAGCCCCCGCUCUCUGGAGGCCUGUGCGCGAUGUGGGGUCAAACCUGUGGAGCUCCUGCCACGCCCGCUGUCUGACUUUGCUCGAGAGGCUCCUGGACGCUCCAUGCGUGUUGCAACAGGGUUAUUUGAAGUCUAUGAGAGGGACAGGCAUGCGAAGUUGAGGCAGUGCAGAGAGGAGAGAGAGAGGAUUGUUAGGGAAGAAAAAAGGAGGAUUCUGCAGGCUGCAGUCAAUAGCAGCAGUGUAUCAUCAGAUUCUGUGGAGCAGCACCAUAAAGACCCAUCUGCUUCAACUCCUACAUCUAAGUCUGGGCAAGUGACCUCCGGCUCAGCCCCUGAUUUUGGACCAUCAUCUAAAGCCACAGCAGCAGCUCCAACAUCUAAAACAGGCACAGCUGUUUUAUCUAAAGCCCCGGCCUCCGCUCUCAGCACAUCCCCUAAAUCUAACAAUUCAGGAACUACUCCAUCUUCAAAAACUUCCACAGUCUCCAAGGGUGUUUACCAGGGGUUUGUCAAGAAUUUGUCCUCUUCCAUAGAGCAAAUGAAACCAACACGAGUUUCAUCGGGUCCUCCACCAGUUGUCAGGAAGGCCUCUGGUGGUAAGUCUUCAAACACGUUCCCCAGAUCAACACCAAAACCUCCAUCUUUUCCCAGAGCCAACACUACGUUAACCUCAUCAGUGUCGAAGCCUGCAGUUCAGAGCACUGGGACUCCACUUAAUGGUGUAACUGGAGGAGCGUUCAUUCAGCAUAAUGGACACUUUGGCUUUCACUCUAAGGUGCGAGGAAAAAGCCAUUCACUGGAAUCCUUACAACGCAAGAUGGAUCCGGUCUUCUCCUCCGCCUCCACCACCACAACUACUACAUGCACCUCAUCUGAGUCAGGUGCUUCUUCUUCUUACAGUUGGGAUGGUGCACGAGAUCACUGGGCGAAGGUCUCCAGCCCCCGAGCUCGUACCCUGGCCACGUUCAACUCUCUGAUGGGUCGCAGUUUGAGCCUUGGAGACUUGAGCCACUCUCCUCAGACCACACAGAAGGUGGAGCGAAUAGUGAAGGAGGUCAAGCGUCGAGGGUUAAAGGCUGUGUCUGAACGCGAUCGCAAGAUUGCAGCUUUGAUGCUCGCCAGAUACCAAGAAGAAGACAUCAUGAGCCAGACCCGUUACGUAGCUCACCUUCAGUGGGAUAGUGAGCGGCGAAUGGAGGAGCUUCGACGAGAGCAGGAAGACAGAGAGAAACAGCGUGCUGUGCUUCAGUGCCAGCGAGUGUGGCAAACCCAGGUUUCCAUACGCCAGCGAAGACUUAGCCAGCAGGAACGGCAGUCUGCGGCCGCCAAGCUUCGACAGGCUGAGGAGAAUGAGGAGCGGUGGAAGGAACUAGCAGAACAGCAGGAGCGCAACCGUCUGCAGCGCUUACAACAAGCAGCACGAGAGGAGAAGCACAAAAAAGCCCUUCAGGAACAGAACCUGAAGGCCCUGGAGGAGGAGAGGGCAGCCAUGCUGGAGCAGGAGAGACUGCUGCUGAAGGAGAAGCUCACCAUGGCUGAGUUGAAGAGGCAGGAGAAGGAGCACCAGUGUCAGGAGGAGAGACGGGGUCUAAACAAAGCAGAACGAAGGCGCCACGCUGCCAUAAUACAGGAGAUCGCCCGUAGGGAGCAGGAGGAGAGAGAGGAGACUAGAAGGGCAGCAGAGGAGAAGCUGAGUCGCUCCCUGGAGAAUUAUGAACAGAUCGUUGAACGACGAGGGCAGGAGCUGAAAGAGAAAGCCAAGCGUGAAGACAAGCAAAUCCAAAAAGCACGCAAGGCUGCAGAGAGGCGUGAGAAGCAGCAGCAGCAGCUUCUGGCCACUCGGGUCAAGGAGGCAGAGAAACGAGCCCAACAGGCCGCUUUGGUGGCAGAGGAGAAGGCCAAGGAGAAAGCUCAACGGGCCAUCCAGAGCAGGCAGGAGAAAGAACGGCUUCAGAAACUCAACAGGCAGAGGGUGGAGGAUGAGGAGAAGCAGAGGCGUCUGGAGCUGCUGCAGUCCAUCGAGAGGAAACUGGAAAAGAGUGAGCAGAUCUUCAAGGAGAAGAAAGCGGUGCUGGAAAGCGCCCGUUCUGUGGCCCGAGCCUCUUUCCAUGUCCGAGACAAAGUGCGGGAAGAGACAAACAUGCGUACUUUUGAUAAAAUGGCCCUGGAAGCUCAGCUCAAAGCCAGCUUGGAUGAAAAAUAAACCAUGAGUUUUUUGUGGACUCCAUACUUCUGGUCAUGUGUCUGGCACUUGCCUCCAUUAUGGCCCUCGUCACUAAACAGCUUUACCCCUCUUCUUGUAAAAACCCAUAACAGUUAGUGUUAUUUUUUCACAUAUCUUUUUCCAUCUGUUGAUUUGAUAAUAAUUUUUUUUAACCAUAAUUCCUAUCAAAGUAAACCAAAUCGAAACAUCAUUUUGUAUCAUGGAUGUAAAGAGACUGCAAAGUAUAUGUCAGCUGUUCUCAAAACCUGUGCAGUUGGACUUACAGUACACUUCAUUAUGGAUGAACACAUAGAGAGAGCUGCCUUGUCCAGCAACACAACCCUUCCUCUCUCUUUCACUUUGCCCUCUGCUGUGUUUGUCUCAGCUACUGGAUUGAAAGCUGUGCUGGAAUGAAAAGAGUCAUUGUUUACCAGGAAGCACAACUCCAUGACAACUGCAGAGGCUUUUAAGGAAGCAUUCCUGUGGGGAAAAUUUAAGCAUAAAACAUGCAAUGGUUCUACACCCCCCCCCCUCCUGAGCAAAUGAAGAACCUUUUGUACACAAAGUGACACAGCUUGAUGUAGCGUGGAGCCUCUGCAGAGAGAAAGCUCUGGGCAGGACACAUGUCUGUAACUAACCGCUGACAAUGCAGCACAGGAGGGCUGUGUGCAGCAGCCUCAUGCUGAUGAAGCAUCAGAGGACGAUUUUGCAGCAUAAACUACCGUCAAGGUCUCCCUCCAUCUCUGCUCUUCACAUCAGAUUGCAGUAAACAGUGCUCUGAGAAACAGCCAUGUCAUGAGUCGAUGACAUCCGCUUGGUGGUUAUGACAAGGUCAACAGGUACAGGUCCUGGUGAUGUGCAAGAGCUGAUGAUGAUACUUACAAUCCUCCCCAACAGAGCCUUUCUACCGACAAUAUGUGUUCAAUGAGUCCGUUAAACUUCUGUCUCUGCUGAAAAUACGUCCAUAUCAACAUUUUCUGUUUGUUUGUUUCUUUAGUAAUAGUGCCAUCUUUUGUGCUGCUGAGAAUAGGAAGUAAAAAGGUGAUUUCUUGCCCAGGUAUUAACCUAAUGCCUUUUACCUGCAAAAAAAAAAAACAAAACAAAACAAAAAAAGACGACAUGUACAAGGUUCAAACACAGCUUUAUUAGCAUAAAGGCAUGUUGUUCAGUCCGUAAUAUGUUCCUCAUUACCUUACCCAGACAUGUGGGCUUUCUUUCUGUACAAUUUCUGGUGUUAAGUUAUCAUUUGUACAUGAUCAUAAAUGCUUGCUUUAGUGAAUUACAUGGAGUUGCAUCAUCGAGGAACGAUAAGAUGUGGCAAUAAUGAAAUGGUCAAGGUUUAUAAUAGACAUCUCUGAAAUCAUUGUUUUCAUUCACCCUAUGUUACAGCAUAGAUUUACAAUUUUCCCGUUUGUCUUAAAAGUAUAUUCACCUGCCCAUAUAACACUGAAACAGUUUGCUUGCUGUUAAAAAGAUACCAUAAUGUGCAUUUAAAUUAUCUGAAGCAAAUUCAAGGCUUCAGCAGUCAGUGAAAUGAGUUAAAUGAGUUCAUUUUUUUUUUUGUGAGACUUUUUUUCUUUUUCUCCAGACAGCGCUUUAUGGUCUGAUAUUAGCCAGGCUCCUAGUGUCAGUCACUUCCUUUCAAUUAACAAAUUGAGCGUUCAUUUACUCUGGAAAAUCAUGCUGGAAAAAUGAUGCUUUAUGUAACUGAAAAAACUGAGCCAAACUCCAUAAAUAACCCUGUACAAUACGGUAAACCUGCUUCAUGGAAAAGGGACCAGACUGAUGUGCAGAGGAGUGAAGGUAAUAAAAGGAGAAUCUGAUGCUAAAAAUACAAACACUGACUAAUUAGAAACGGGAUAUUUCUCGUCUAACCACCAGUAUGGGCAGGAUGAAUGACUACAGCGAGUAAAAUCUGUUGCAGCGUUGACUUGAAAAACUGCAAACCUAUCGUUGAAGACAAUGACAUGAUCUGUGCAUACAAUCCAAACUGAAUAAAAACAUUUUUCAAGAUAAA